AUGCCACCAAAAGAUGCCAGCAAGGAUGCCGGGCCCAUUCAGCUCGAAAACACGUCCAAGCGCGACUUCCUGACCAAGCUCGAGCGCGAGACGCAGCAGUUCUGGGCCGACCAAAAGGUUUUCAACGUCGACGCGCCCACCGAGGACGAUGGUCUGCGCGACCUCACCCCCGAGGAGGUCCGCGCAAAGUACCCAAAGUACUUUGCCACCAUCCCCUACGCCUACAUGAACGGAUCCCUGCACCUCGGCCACGCCUUCACCCUCUCCAAGGCCGAGUUCGCCGUCGGCUACGAGCGCCUGCAGGGAAAGCGCGCCCUUUUCCCCUGGGCCUUCCACUGCACCGGCAUGCCCAUCCGCGCCGCCGCAGACAAGCUCGUCCGCGAGAUCGAGCUCUUCGGCCCCGACUUUUCCGGCUACGACCCCGAGGCCGCCGUCGCUGCUGACGACGAUGCCGCUGCCGCCGCCGCCUCCUCGGUCAACCCGCCGCCGCCUCCGCCCACGGCCAACACGUCGAGCGCCACUACCACCAAUGUCGCCAAGGCGACCAAGGGCAAGCUGGCGGGCAAGGACACCGGCCUCAAGUACCAGUUCCAGAUCAUGGAAAACAGCGGUGUACCUCGCGAGGAGAUCGCCCGCUUCGCCGACGCCCAGUACUGGCUCAAGUACUUCCCCCCGAUUGCCAAGGCCGACUGCACCUCGUUCGGCUCGCGCAUCGACUGGCGCCGCGCCUUUGUCACCACCGACGUCAACCCCUACUACGACAGCUUCGUGCGUUGGCAGAUGAACAAGCUGCACGCCAUGGACAAGAUCAAGUUCGGCGAGCGCUACACCAUCUACUCGCCCAAGGACGGCCAGCCCUGCAUGGACCACGACCGCUCCGAGGGCGAGGGCGUCGGGCCGCAGGAGUACACCGGCCUCAAGAUGGAGCUGGUGCAGUGGGGCGCGCUGGCCGCGCCCGAGCUCGACGCCAAGCUGCAGGGCAAGCGCGUCUUCUUUAUCGCCGCAACGCUGCGCCCCGAGACCAUGUACGGCCAGACCAACUGCUACGUGGGCCCGCAGAUCGACUACGGCGCCUACGAGAUCAAUGACACCGACGUCUUCAUCUGCACCGAGCGCGCCGCCCGCAACAUGGCCUUCCAGGGCGUCACGGCCGAGCGCGGCCGCGUCCACCGCAUCGCCGGCGUCAAGGGCGCCCAGCUCGUCGGCACCCUCAUCAAGGCGCCCAACGGCCACUACCCCGAGGUCUACGUGUUGCCCAUGGAGACGGUCCUCGCCACCAAGGGCACGGGCGUCGUCACAUCGGUCCCCUCGGACUCGCCCGAUGACUACGCCACGCUCAUGGACCUCCGCAAAAAGGCCGAGUACUACAAGAUCGACCCAGCUUGGGCCAGCCUCGAGCCGCUGCCCGUCAUCAGCACGCCCGGCUACGGCGACCUGAUUGCGCCGACGCUCGUCAAGCAGAUGAAGAUCCAGUCGGCCAAGGACAAGGUCCAGCUGGCCGAGGCCAAGGAGAUCGCUUACAAGGAGGGCUUCUACUCUGGCACCAUGCUCGUCGGCAACUUCAAGGGCCUGCCCGUGCAGGAGGCCAAGAACCAGGUGCGCGACGAGAUGAUGGCCGCCGGCCUCGCGUUUGCCUACGCCGAGCCCGAGGGCAAGGUCGUCAGCCGCAGCGCCGACGAGUGCGUCGUCGCCCUCUGCGACCAGUGGUACCUCGACUACGGCGAGGAGUCGUGGAAGGCCAAGGUCAACAAGCUCUUUGCCCAGAUCAACUGCUUCCAGCCCGAGACCAAGAACGCCUUUGAGGGCGUCGUCGGCUGGCUGCGGCAGUGGGCGUGCGCCCGCAGCUACGGCCUCGGCUCCAAGCUGCCCUGGGACCCGCAGUACCUCGUCGAGAGCCUGUCGGACUCGACCAUCUACAUGGCCUACUACACCAUCGCCCACCACCUCCAGGGCGGCGUCGAGGACGGCAGCACCGUCGGGCCCAGCGGCAUCGCCGCCGACGACCUCACCGACGCCAUGUGGGACUUCCUGUUUGGCGACGCCCCCUACCCGGCCGACACCAAGGUGCCGCGCGAGCGCGCCGAGGUGCUGCGCCGCGAGUUCCGCUACUUCUACCCGAUGGACCUGCGCUCGUCGGGCAAGGACCUCAUCCCCAAUCACCUCACCUUCUGCGCCUACGUCCACGCCGCCAUCUUCCCCGAGCACCACUGGCCGCGCGCCUUCCGCGCCAACGGCCACCUGAUGCUCAACGGCAAGAAGAUGUCCAAGUCGACGGGCAACAGCCUCACCCUGCGCCAGUCGGUCGAAAAGUUUGGCGCAGACGCCACGCGCCUGUCGCUCGCCGACGCCGGCGACGGCAUCGAGGAUGCCAAUUUCGAGGAGAAGACGGCCAACGCCAACAUCCUGCGCCUCCACACCCUCAUCGAGUGGUGCAACGAGGUGACGUCGGACAAGGCGCGCGCCAAGAUGCGCACCGGCCCGCUCGACUCGUUCUGGGACCGCGCGUUUGACAACCAGAUCAACUCGCUGCUCCGCCAGACGACCGAGUGCUACGACCGGGCUCUGUACAAGGAUGCGAUGAAGUACGGCUUCUACGAGCUGCAGACGGCGCGCGACCUGUACCGCGAGGCGACGUCCGACGUGGGCAUGCACGCCGAGCUCGUCUCGCGCUGGAUCCGCGUCCAGGCGCUCACCAUCACGCCCAUCGCACCCCACUUUGCCGAGCACGUGUGGCGCACCUGCCUCGGCGAGACGGGCUCGGUGCAGGCGGCCCGCUGGCCGCAGCCGUCGCGCGACGUCGACGCCUCGGUGUCGUCGGCGCUCGCCUACGUGUCGGGCACGGUCAAGACGCUGCGCGACGCCGAGAUUGCGCUGGGCAAGAAGAAGGCGCCCAAGGGCCAGCCCGCCGCCGACGCCAAGAAGUACAACGACCGCCAGCCCAAGGAGUGCCGCGUGUUUGUGGCGCAGAGCUUCCCCGACUGGCAGACGCGCUGCGUCGAGCUGAUCCAGGCCAACUUUGACGCGGCCAGCUCCAAGGUCGACGACAAGGCGGUGCGCGAGGCGCUGGCCAAGGAGGGCAUGCUCAAGGACAAGAAGGUCAUGAACUUUAUCGUCGGCUUCAAGAAGCGCAUCGACGAGUUUGGCGCCGAGACGGCUUUCAACCGGCGGCUGCCGUUUGAUGAGCGCCAGACGCUCGAGGACGCCAAGGCCUACCUCAAGAAGACGCUCGGCUUCCGCGAGGUGCACAUAGUCGACAAGGACGAGGCCAUGGCUAAGCCGGACGAGUUUGACGACAAGAUUGUCGAGAUCUCGGAGCCGGGCGCGCCCAGCUUUGCCUUUUGGAACGUCGAGUAG